UCGCAGCGAUUCAAUGUUGGCAACUAUGUAUCAAUCGUGAUACCGGUGCUCAACGCCCCGAACAAACUAGUGGUCAGUAAACGUAAUUACCUCAUCGAAGUGGACUGGGAGGCUAAGAGCUACCGGCGCCUGACCACCAAUGAUAUAGGGGUCGAAAAGUUUAACGAUGGUAAGGUGGAUGCUCUAGGUCGCUUAUGGAUAAACAGCCUGGUCAGUCUGGAUUACUACACUAAUGAUGCGUCGGUCAAGGAUGCCGGUGCCCUGUAUAGGCUCGACGGGUUGGAGUUGACCAAGGUGGACGGGUAUUAUACCCUACCUAAUGGUAUGGCAUGGAAUGGUAAUAAUACAAAGUUCUAUGUGGCCGAUACCGUGGAAAGGGUGAUCUAUGUCUACGAUUAUGAUUUAGAUGCCGGUGCUAUUGAUAACAGGGAAAUAUUUUUCAAUUUUAAUACGUACCCUGGUAUUAACCCAUGGGAAGUGCCCGAUGGCAUGGCUAUGGACAGCCAGGAUAAUCUAUGGAUUACCUCGCUAUUCGGCGCACGUUUAUUCCACGUCGAUACGGACACCGGUCACGUGCUACGAUGGAUAGAUACCCUGGUCAACCAGACAACAUCGGUAGCAUUUGGUGGUCCCCAUUAUAACCAGUUGUUUGUGACUAAUGGGAACCGGGAUCUCAUCACAUAUAAGGCCAAACAACUACAGCCCACUAUCGGUGAAGUACCUAAGCACAGUUACCCUGAUAAAUGUCACGACAACCUGGAGGGCCGGCACGUCAGCCAUACGGCCUACCACUUGGGUGAGGGUCCCUUUUGGGAUGACCUGACACAGACAUUAUUCCACGUGGACAUGUUUUACGGCGAUAUUAUCCAGCUCAAUGUAAGCACCGGUGAGUCGCAAAUAUUGAACGUGGGCAAUUUCGCAUCCAUUGUGAUACCGGUGCUCUACGCGCCCAACAAACUGGUGGUCAGUAGGCGUAACCACCUAAUCGAGGUGGACUGGGAGUUCAAAAGCUACCGGCGCUUA